UCGCGCAAACAAAACAAACGUAGCUGACUGUAGCAGUGCUGUAGCCGCGUCUACCUACCGACAGCAGUUUAGCGGUGCGGGGGAGCGGAUAUGAUCGCCAGGUAGUUGGAUGUUUAUGCAAACGGUAAAAGGUUAUUUUGGUUAUUUUGCACCACUGUGCCAGACCGUCACUUGACUCUCAACACUUAAAUACAGUCAUCUAUGACAUUAGGGUUGACUGAGCAACUGCUGAUGUAGUUGUGGACGAUCUAGCCAGCUGUUCCAUCUCUGAAUCCCCUCCCCCUGUUACGGCAGCCCUUUAAAGACCUCCUCUUCCUCCCGUGCCCCUUGUGAUGCCUCCUCCAUGCUGUGGCUUCCUGUCACACUUCACCCAUCACCACCUGGUUGCUUUCCUCCUAACCUUCUUUAGCUAUGUUGUGCUGCAUGCGUCCAGGAAGACCUUCAGUAACGUGAAGGUCAGCAUCUCAGCCCAGUGGACUCCUUCACUGAAAAACAGCAGCUCUCCUGAGUUUGCCCCUGGAGAGACAUGGGAGGACAACAGGCUGUUUGCAAAUGAGGAGGAGGCGACUCUGUUCCUGGGGGCACUGGAUACCAUAUUCCUGUUCUCCUACGCUGUGGGGCUGUAUGUGAGCGGGGUUAUUGGAGACAGACUCAACCUGCGCUAUGUGCUCUGCUGCGGACUGUGUGGCUCUGCAGUGGUGGAGUGUGUGUUUGGCACAGUGACAGAGUGGCUGGGUGUAUACAGUGUCCCUCUCUACUGCUGCCUGUGGACCCUGAACGGCUUGCUGCAGUCUGCUGUCUGGCCCUGCGUUGUGGCUGUCAUGGCCAACUGGUUUGGCAAGUCUGGGCGAGGGUGUGUGUUCGGGCUGUGGAGUGCCUGCGCCUCAGUGGGAAACAUCCUGGGAGCCUUCCUGGCCUCCAGCGUCCUGAAGUAUGGAUAUGAGUAUGCUUUCCUGCUCACCUCUGUGGUGCAGUUUGCAGGGGGAGUGGUGGUGUUCUUUGGUCUGCUCACAUCCCCUAAGGAGGCAGGUCUGAGUGUGGAGAGUGAGACUGGUCUUAGCCCGGUGGAGACCGACUCAGACAGCCAUCGUCCUCUGAUGAGUGAUGAAGAGGAGGAGGAGGAGGAGGAGGUGUGUGAUGGAGGAUACUACUCUAUCCAACAACAGGAAGAGGAGGAACCAAAGGAACCACAGCAGCCUAUCAGCUUCUGCCAGGCCUUCUGUCUGCCAGGAGUACUUCCUUACUCGCUGGCGUACGCGUGUUUGAAGUUGGUCAACUACUCCUUCUUCUUCUGGCUGCCAUUCUACCUGAGCAGCAACUUUGGCUGGAAGGAGGCAGAGGCUGACCGCCUGUCUGUCUGGUACGAUGUGGGAGGUAUCAUAGGAGGGACAGUGCUGGGUCUGCUGUCUGACUGUCUGGGGCAGAGAGCUCCAGUCUUGGCCCUCAGUCUCCUGCUGGCUAUGGGGGCCCUGGUGGGCUACAGCCGCUCUCCCAACGAUCAGCUGGUGAACGCCGCCCUGCUGGCCACCUCAGGCUUCUUCAUCGGGGGCCCAUCCAACAUGAUCAGUUCUGCUAUCUCAGCAGACCUGGGCCGGCAGCCAGCCCUGCGGGGACGCCUGGACGCCCUGGCUACCGUCACCGGCAUCGUGGACGGAACUGGAAGCAUCGGGGCGGCCGGGGGCCAGUACCUGGUCUCCCUCAUCGAGAGCAAGCUGGGAUGGAUGUAUGUGUUCUACUUCUUCAUCAUCAUGACAGGGGGCAGCGUGGUGUUCAUCUCGCCUCUGAUCUGCACUGAGGUACAAGCCAUAUGGAGGGAGAGACGGGCACAGACCAGCCAGCUAUGAAUCCUCCUCCUACUCCUCCUCUCCUCCUGCUGUUCCUCCUCCCAUCCUCUCCACCUCUUCCUGCUCCUCCUCUCCUGCUCCUCCUCUCCUGCUCCUUCUCUCCUGCUCCUCCUCCCCUGCUCCUCCUCCCCUUCUCUCCUGCUCCUUCUCUCCUGCUCCUCCUCUCUUCCUUCCAGCACUUGACCAUACUGUAUGUAAAGUAGAGUAUCAGAGGUAAUGUAAAUUCUUGAUUUGACCUGAGAGAUGCUGAGGGCAACGUGCUCAGGCUGGUCUCCUAGGCAACUACACACACACGAGUCACAAGCUACACAAACUCACAUAAGCUACACACACUCAACGAUCAUCUGUGUAAUGCUUUUCAUUGUAGACCCUUCUAUGCAUUCUUCUCUGUCAGAUCAUAUUAUAGGAUGGACUGCUUCUCUGAUUUAUGAUGCAAUUAGCUUCAUUCUGGGGGAAAUGAACAUAAACAUGGUUACGUAGUAAUGAUGGCACAAGCUCCUGAAGCUGAACGGAGGCCUGUUCCAUAAAGCCAGUUUACGGAAUAAGCCAGGCUUAUGUCAGUUAGUCAGACUCAUUUACAGUUGAUU